CCACCCGCGCGCCCGCGGUCCCCGCUGUCCCCCGCGGUUCCGGCGAGGCCGCGCCGCGCUGCGCUCCGCUCCCAUUGGCUGCACGCGCCUUUGUGUGGCGGCAGCUGCGGCCCCAGCGCCUUUGAAUGUCGAGAGGGGCCGGGAAGGGAGCCUUUCCAUGGGCCAUCUGUCUCCCCGCCAGCCGCCGCCCCACCGCCGCCCGCGCCCCGCGCUCCGCCUCCCGCCCCGGCGGCUCCCGCAGCCCCGCCGCCGCCCGCGCCCGCGCCCCGGAGCCGCGCCACAAAGGGCCCGCGCGCAGCUGCCGCCGCCGCCGCGCGAGGAGCCAGGAUGGUCCUGGUCCACGUCGGCUAUCUCGUGCUUCCAGUGUUUGGCUCUGUGCGAAACAGAGGUGCCCCCUUUCAAAGGUCUCAGCAUCCUCACGCUACCUCCUGCCGCCACUUCCACCUGGGCCCCCCGCAGCCGCAGCAGCUCGCGCCCGACUUCCCCCUGGCCCACCCCGUGCAGUCGCAGCCGGGCCUCAGCGCCCACAUGGCCCCGGCCCACCAGCACAGCGGCGCGCUGCACCAGUCGCUGACCCCGCUGCCCACCCUGCAGUUCCAGGACGUCACAGGUCCCUCCUUCCUACCUCAGGCCCUGCACCAGCAAUACCUCCUGCAGCAGCAGCUCCUGGAAGCCCAGCACCGCAGGCUGGUCUCGCACCCCAGGCGGAGUCAGGAGCGCGUGUCUGUCCACCCCCACCGACUCCACCCCAGCUUCGACUUUGGCCACCAACUCCAGACACCUCAGCCCAGGUACCUGGCUGAGGGCACUGACUGGGAUCUCAGUGUGGACGCCGGCUUGAGUCCUGCUCAGUUCCAGGUGCGGCCCAUCCCUCAGCACUAUCAGCAUUACCUAGCGACGCCUCGAAUGCACCACUUUCCCAGAAACUCCUCCUCCACGCAGAUGGUCGUCCACGAAAUCCGAAACUACCCUUACCCUCAGCUUCACUUCCUUGCUCUCCAGGGACUGAACCCCAGCAGACACACCUCUGCCGUGCGGGAGAGCUAUGAGGAGCUGCUGCAGCUCGAGGACAGGCUGGGAAAUGUGACUCGGGGAGCCGUGCAGAACACCAUCGAGAGGUUCACCUUCCCCCACAAAUACAAGAAGAGAAGACCCCAGGAUGGCAAGGGAAAGAAGGAGGAGGGGGAGGAGUCAGACACGGAUGAGAAAUGCACAAUUUGUCUGUCUAUGCUGGAAGACGGAGAAGAUGUGAGGCGCCUACCGUGUAUGCAUCUCUUUCACCAACUCUGUGUGGACCAGUGGCUCGCCAUGAGCAAGAAAUGCCCCAUCUGCCGGGUGGACAUUGAGACACAACUGGGAGCUGACAGCUGAGGGAGGAAUUAGCCAGUGGACGCCCCAUUUUCCUUCACCAGGUCCCCCCACGGCCAUAGCCCUUGCAGCCAAACUUUGCCUUCUGAGCCAUUUGACGUAGAGGAAAAGCCUGCAAGCACAUUCUGUGGAAAGAGGAGUUGGUGGUAUCAGUGUCCGAGGGAAAGGAGGGGUCGGGGAGGACCCACCCGUCCGGAGUGGUGACUGUCCCCAUCUGCCUCGCUGUGCGGGAGGGAGGGAGCUGGCCGUGCCGGAGCAGGGGUGGGAAGGGGGGGCCCACGCUGCUGAGAAUCCAGACGUGACCCCGAAGGUCCUAGCUCAUAGACCGGCCCCUCAAUCCUGUCCUUGGAAGGAUUGUGUAUAUACCUCUCGACCACGUAGAAACCAUGUAGGGGUCUCUAGCUAUUUCUGUGGAUGGCAGCCGGAGCAUGUUAGCUUAAGAAAAAUGUUGUGUGUGGUGCUCUAGUCAUCUUGUGGUGGUCAUGUCGCUAUUACCGAAUUCGCACCAAAUAUUUCUCAUUGAGUUUCUUGUUUUGGUGCCUGACUGAACCAACCGACAGCCCAAAUCUUCCCGUCUUUAAGAAAGAAAAGGGAAAAGGAAUCAAACGUGAAAGGGAAAAAAAAAAGCCAAAUCCUGUUUACGAUGAAAAAAGGAUGAUUUUUUUCACCCAGGUUGGGAGGCGGGAGGGGGGUCCUUGUUUCGUUUUCUGUUUUGGUUUUUCCCUUUGCUUUCAUUUUUCUCAUGUUUACAAUGCACGGAGUGUGGAAGGGUGCAUCUGGGAGACGCGAGGACUGGAGAAGGAGCAGGAGGGGUCUUAGAGGGGCCUCGAGGGGCCCAGCCAGGCUCGGGAAGGUGGAGUUCGAGUAGGUGAGGGGAGAAUUCUGUCUCGAAGGAGGGGUUGCUCGUUCCAGGGCCCGUUUACUUAGCUCCAGCCAUCCCCUCCGUUCCACACGGAACCAGACCUUCAACUAAAGUUGCCACCAGGUCCCUUAGAGCCAGGAUGCGCCUGCUCACGCCAACUGCUUCUUCUGGGCUGUGCUCAUGUGCUGUCACAAAGAGGCAAUUUGGCUACAGCCUCCCUAUGCAAAAAAUGAACCAGAUGAUAAGGAUACAUAGCACAGGCGAUGGAUACUUGGUCUCAGCCAAAGCGCUCUCAGCUAGUACCUGCUGGCUGCGGUCAAAUACCAUGGGCCUUGAGGAAGACCUUGAGCUUCCUCUGGAAUGGUUCAAAUCCUGAUGGAGUCCCUUGGAGAAGGCCCCGGCCCUGGGACCCUGCUGGCUGGGUUUGGGAGGCACCGUGUCCCUGGCCUCUGGCCCUUUCUCUGACUCUUUGAUAACCUUGGGCAAGUCCCUUUCAUUCUCUGUGCCUCAGUUUCCCUCUCCUUAGAGUGAGGAGAAAUGACAGUGCAUCCCCAUUUCUGCUUCCUCUACAUCCUCACCUAGAUAUUGUGAGGAUUAAUACUACCUGCCCGAGACGUUCAUGCUCUGGGAACCUCCUUGGGUUAGGGGUCGGGGUGGCAGGAGAGACAGACCUGGGAGUCCCAGGUGACAGCACACAGUAUGUCUUUCUGCACCUCCCCGCAGUUUCCCCGGACCUCAGCGGGGGCUCAGAGAUGAGAGGGCAGAGGAGUGGAGAUGGGAAAAUCUGCCACAUUCCACCAAUUCACCAGUCCCAACCCGGCUUCCUUGAUCUGCCGGUGGAAAACACCAGCUCAGCUGGAAUCCUGCUCUCUUCCUUCACCCCUCCCAUCCUCCUCCCUGCACUUGCACUGCCCCCAAUGCCUCCCCCCCUGCCCCAGUCAGAUGUUGAUAACAGAAGACUAGGGGGGCAGAAUAUUUACCACAUAUAUGAAGAAAUUCCAUAAGGCUGAGGAAACUGGAGUGUGCAUUGCUGCUACAAAGGGUAAAACCAUGACCACUGGGUAAAAAUGACUGGGAGGCAGAUUUUGGCUUGAGGUAGAACCUUCUAGCACAACUAAGCUAUCAGGUAGCUGCUCUGGACACCUACAAGCGGAGUGUGGAGGUGGCUUCUGGAGGGAGGGUUACUCAAGGGUCUUACUCAGACGAAGGUGACCCCUACCGGGUGCCUGCCAGGGUGGGUGCCGGGACAGACGACGGUGAAGAAGACUGUCCGGCCUGGAGGAGCACACAGCGUAGCUGAGGAGUGAAGACACAAAGGACAAUGCAAAAAUGGUGACUAGUCUACUUAAUGGCAAUGAGCAUGACACUGUCCCAUUCAGCGAGGCCAACAGUGUCUCUAGGGCUAAAGGCUAGAGACCCCACCAGUGUGGAAAGUAUUUACUUCUGAGUCAGGAUUUUGGGGAAAGCUAGUGACUAGUUGCCCGGGGAAGGUGGGAAUUCUCCCUGUCCUGCUUUGACCCCCAGGUAGCCAGGGUGGUCCAGGGAAGGUCACUCCCAUCUUAGUCGUGGCCUCUUGCUCCUCUGUCUAAGGCUGGUCUGGAAGGCUAGCAGGUAGAGGGAGUCGGUGGGGAGGCCAGAUGGGGCAGGAGCUGGCGUCCUGCGUCCCGGCCUUGGCUCUUCACCAAGAGAGUGGGUAGUGCUAGAGCCCUGCCUUCUUCUCGCUGGGACUCAGUUUCUCAGUUGCACCACGAGGAGGUUGGACUGCAUGCUUGCUAAAUUUUCUCCCCACACUCACAUUCUUUGAUCCUCCCUCACAUCAAUACAUCGUUCAAGUCAUCAGAGCUGUGCGCCAGCCGAGCUGUUGACAUGACGUGCUGUGGGCUCCAACGUCUGCUUUCAGGCUGGGAGUGGGGCGUGGUCUCCUCCUCCUACCCCCCCCCCCCCCCAAUUAUCUGCAGGCUCCCUGAGCACCCCAGCCUAACCUGAGGCACUGCCUGAAUGGGGCGGGGACCACCUGGAGGAAAGAGGUCAGCUGCUGGCUUUGAGGGUAGAUUCUAAAGCCCCCAUCCUCUGCCCAUCUCUUUGGGGCCCUCUUCCCCUGCAGGUGAGCACAGGAGGUGAUGUGGAUGCAGGCACCUCCCUGCUCCCUUAGUGGGGCAGCUGUCAGGGUGAGACGAGAGGACAGGGGGUCUGUGCUUCUGCUCCUCGAGGCCCCUCCCCCAUUGUCCGGUGCUGGGGAAGAGCGGAGAAGAGGCGGGCUCAGGCCUCAGCAUCUCACACCCACCACCUCCAGGAGGGGAAAACCCCAGUGCUCCCCCUUCUGCUCAACACCAGGGACUCAGACCCUUUCUUGACUGAGACGCAUGAGUGCCUUCUGGGGCGAGAGCUGCCCCAGGAUCAAGUUGGGCCUCCUAGCCACAGUGCAGUCCUGGCCGCAGUGGGUCCAUCGAGGACGCCGAUCGCUGGAGCCAACGCCGCAAGCCCGGCCUGCUCAGGCGGAGGGCGGGGGGCACGGGGCUCCUCCACACCCCCGGGGACCCUCUCCGCGCAGUGUCGCCCUUGCCCACCACCUGUGGCAAGGCUCCAGCUCCUCUUCUGCAAAUGUUCCCGGCCUCCGUGCAAGUAUUCUUAACUCUUUACGCCUAAUGAACAAGCACAGUUUUUUCAAUGGUGAAAAAAAAGCACCAGAUUUUUCUUUUUUUCUGAAGAAAUCCCCCAAGCCCCCCCCGCCGGCCGGCGGGACACACACUCCCCGCGUGGGGCUGUAGCAACGUCGUCUGUCAGGUCCCCCCCUCGUGUUUCAUCUCCUGCGCGCGUAGAGCAAAUGCUAGAGCGAUUUCAGCUGAUAGAAAAACAAAAAUGAAAAAAAAAAUCCACAAAAAACAAAAAACAUGGCACGUUGCUAGUUUACAGGGUUUUGUGAGUUUAAAUGCCUUAUAUUUAACAAUCAUAAUUUAUGACUAACUUGUAGAUAUCGUGGGUUCUUAUUUAAUUAUUUUUAUAGUUGUUUUGCAUUUUUAAUUAUAAUUUAUUUAUUUAGAAAGGAUACUAAUUUUUUUUAUUACUCCUAUUACCUCAUUUUGGCGUUGUUUCUGGGAGUGGAAUGCUUUGCAUGCAUUGGUACGAUGACAAACAACUACGAAUACAAAAAAAAACAUUUAAAUAAAAUUCCGCGAACUUUAUUUCGUCCAAACUAUCAGGGUGUGUGAUUGCAAGCUGUCCUCCUGUGGUGCUGGCCUCUUUGGAUACAUUCCAUACGAAAUGCAAACCUUUGAUUCUGUAUGCUGUGAUCUAGUGAAAAACUCCAAUAUAGUGACUGUAUUUAGCACAUAUAUGAAUAUGAUUUGCACUCGUCAGCAGACUGGGGUAAUCCUUUCACUUGCUACCCUCCCCCCCUCACCGCCCCUCAUUAACCUGUCUUUCCUUCUUCCCUCGCCCUUCCCACAACCUCAGCCCGCUCUGUCCCUGCCCUCUGAGGAAAGUCUGGGGCCACUGGAGGUCGCUCUCGUCACCUGGGCUCCAACUCUCUCUGGUUGCAGAAUGCUCCCUUCGGACAUGACCAGCAGGAGCAUCUAAAAGCCAAAAAACCCUGAUUUAUUAGAAUCAGAGGUCAGGAGGCUCAGGUUUGCAGACCAGCUCUAUUGCCAACUUCCCUGUGACCUUGAGCAAGUCAUGUGGCCUCCUUGUGUCCCAGUUCUCUGGGCUGGGGGAGGGAGGUGAGCUGGAGGGUCCUCAGGGUCCCUCAGACUCAGAGAGACUAUGAUGCAGGUCUGGUGGGAGACCACCCUGCUGUGCUAUCUCACCCUCUCCGGAGAGAAGACAGGAAGGAAGGAAGGAAGGAGAGGUAGUGACGAGGAGAGGAAGAGAGUGGACUGAGAAUUUACCCAGUGGGUUUGCUCAAAGGAGACUUCAGAGGAUUUCUGUCCUUUUAUAGGCGGCAUCCUGGCUGGGGUGGGGGGGGGGCAGGGAGACAGGACAGGUGAAUUCACCCUUUCACAUGGGACGUGUCCUUUCACAAGGUUUGAUGGGGACUUGGGGAGUGAACUCAAGUCCGUGUCUUGCCAGGUAUGGGGAUGGAUUAGGCCCCAGACCACAGUGUUGGGCAUUGGCGCCCCAUCCUGCCGUCUCCUGGAGCCUGUGUUGUUGAGGCAUUGCCCAUGACAGCAGAUUGGAACACAUAUGCUAGACUCCUGGUUUCUCCUUCGCUCUCUGUCAUUGCUCCACGAGGCUGUGGGCAGGGGGCGCUGCUGUGGAGGACAGGGGUGUGGGCUCCCCGCUCACCGCCCCGAGGAAGGGUGUGGGGGACAGGUUUAGGGAAACAGUGGCUUCAAAGCCUCGUGCAGCUGUGAGUGCAGAUGCCUUUGAGUGAACAGGAGAGAGAGGGGGUCCACGCCCUCGGCAGAAGCUUCCGAGUGGGCUUGGACCCUGGCUGGGCGAGAGAGGAUCACUCCCAUGCUCUCUGCAUGUCUGCCUCUUUCCCCCUUUCCUCCUUACCUUCCUUUCCAGCCCGUCUUUUCCUGCUGCCUCUUGACACCACUGCCUUCGCCUGGUGGAGAAGUCCACCCUCCGCAUGGGGCCCCUCCCCGGGAUGGUGCUGAUGGGGGAGGACGUGGACGUGCAAUUUGCCACACUGCCUGGCCAGGCUUGUAGAAGUGGCUGGGCUGGGCACGGUCCCCGAGCCUCAGCUUUGCUCCGGCUGGACUAUGGGUCCUGUUCCCUGGGCUUCCUGCCUGCUACCUGCCUGGCUUCCCUUUCUGCCUCUGCCCUGGAGCCUUGUUCUCCUGCUUUCCUUGGAGGUGGCCCGUGGAGUCGCCUACCAGGCCACCCGGCCACCACACUGCUGGGCCUGGCAGACACUGCCCUCUUGGCAAGGCUCCUGGACGGACAUGCCUUAUGCUGCUCUGCAGGGUCAGAGUGGGAAGGGGCCCCUUGCCCUGGCUGGCCUGUGCCCCCACCCCUCCUAACCCCAGCCUUCCCCUCCCCCAACCCCACCCCUGGCCUUGGCUGCAGCUCAUUUCUCUGCUGUGGAGCCAGCGCACUCGGCCCUCAAGGGGGUAAUUUGGUUGCCCCUGGUAAGUGAAAGGAUUAUCCUCAGUGUUGAUUGUCCUUUUUUGUAAUCCUCCUGCUGUUCUGUUCUGUUGUGCUGUGCAACAUUUUGCUACAUAGACUAUUUUAUAGCAGAAAGCUAGAAGAAUAUUUAUUAUGAAUAUUAAAGCAAUAGUGCAUCAAUGAAAAGGCGGAGACAUUAGGAAUUGUGUAAAUGCUUAGAUUCACUUUUGGUGGAUUUUUUGUACUUUAUUUAUAACUAAUAAAAAUGAACUGCAUUGCUAACUACA